UUUCUGUGUGUUUGCGUUUGACAAAGAAAUUAUUUGAACUUCCCACUGCCUCAUAAAAAGGAAACAGAAGAGAGCGGCUUUGACAUAUGGAUGUGAUUUUUCUGCUCUGAGACAGAUGCACGCGGAAAACAACCAGCACCGGGGGCUGAGGAGCUGAGCGAAGCCGAAGUCGCUCCGCUUCUUCACAUGGGUUCCUCCGUUGCCUUUCGGGAGCUGCCCGCAUCUCCAGCCAUGAGAAAGCGAAGCAAAGGACCGGGUUUUCUCGUCAUGUGCCUUUCUGGCUAAAAAACAAACAAACAAAAACAAACAAACAAACAAACACCGGUUCUGGAGAGUGAGGAGGGGGGGAGUUGGAGGGAGGGAAGGAGAAAUCAUCUGCGAGAGGAGCGCUGGAAGACCUCUCCGUCCUCCAACUUCCCCGAGAGAGCGUGGAUGCUGGAAGGAGCCCCUUGGAUAUGGGAUCAUAUCUGGUUUAUCACAGCCUGGGUUUGAUCCUCUGCUGCUCCGUGCUGAGCUCGGUCUACGCUCUGGUGGAUGCUGAUGAUGUCAUCACCAAAGAGGAGCAGAUCUUUCUACUGCUAAAAGCCAAGGCCAAGUGCGAGCGACACCUGAAAGCCAAGGUGCCCAAGGUGCAUGAUGGCUUUUGUCUUCCUGAGUGGGAUGGUAUUGUCUGCUGGCCAGAAGGUGUGCCGGGCAAAGUGGUGGCUAUGCCAUGUCCUGAAUACAUCUAUGACUUCAAUCACAAAGGCCAUGCUUAUCGCCGGUGUGACCUGAAUGGAAGCUGGGAGCUGGUUCCAGGCAACAACCGCACCUGGGCAAACUACAGUGAAUGUGCCAAGUUCCUCACCAACGAGACAAGGGAGAGGGAGGUCUUUGAUCGCCUCUAUUUGAUUUAUACUGUUGGAUACUCCAUCUCUCUGGGAUCCCUCACAGUUGCUGUCCUUAUCCUGGGAUACUUCAGGCGUUUGCACUGCACUAGAAACUACAUCCACAUGCACCUGUUUGUCUCCUUCAUGUUGAGAGCUGUGAGCAUCUUUGUGAAGGACGCAGUCUUGUACUCCGGGUCAGCCUUGGAGGAGAUGGAGCGGAUUUCUGAGGAAGACCUGAAAUCCAUAACUGAAGCACCUCCAGCAGAUAAGUCACAGUUUGUGGGUUGCAAAGUAGCAGUUACUUUCUUCCUCUACUUCCUGGCAACCAAUUACUACUGGAUUCUGGUGGAAGGGCUCUAUCUCCACAGCCUCAUCUUCAUGGCUUUUUUCUCAGAGAAGAAGUAUCUCUGGGGAUUCACAUUAUUUGGCUGGGGACUCCCUGCUGUAUUUGUUACAGCAUGGGCCAGCGUGAGAGCCACUCUAGCCGACACAGAGUGUUGGGACUUGAGUGCUGGCAAUUUAAAAUGGAUUAUUCAGGUGCCCAUCCUGGCAGCUAUCGUGGUAAAUUUUAUUCUUUUUAUCAAUAUUAUCAGAGUCCUAGCAACCAAGCUACGGGAAACAAAUGCAGGGAGGUGUGACUCACGACAACAGUACAGGAAGCUGCUGAAAUCUACCCUCGUCCUUAUGCCUCUGUUUGGCGUUCACUAUAUUGUUUUCAUGGCUAUGCCAUACACAGAUGUGUCAGGGAUUCUUUGGCAAGUUCAAAUGCACUAUGAAAUGCUGUUCAACUCUUUCCAGGGAUUUUUUGUUGCCAUCAUAUACUGUUUUUGCAAUGGAGAGGUCCAAGCAGAAAUAAAGAAGUCAUGGAGCAGGUGGACAUUAGCACUUGAUUUUAAAAGGAAAGCACGAAGUGGGAGCACAACCUACAGUUAUGGACCAAUGGUUUCCCACACCAGCAUCACAAAUGUAGCCACGAGAGGGGCACUUGCCCUUCAUCUCAAUACAAGACUUAUACCAGGGACCCUCAAUGGACACCGGAAUUUACCAGGUUACGUAAAAAAUGGCUCUAUUUCUGAAAACUCUAUGCCUUCUUCUGGACCAGAGCAGUACAACAAAGAUGAGGAGUACCUGAAUGGCUCUGGGCUUUAUGAUGGAGACAGACCCACAGUACUUGUUGAAGAAGAAAGAGAGACAGUGAUGUAAAGAGAAGAAACAAAAGGAUGAAAAAGGUUCCUGGAGAGCAUUUAGUGGGCAAAAGAAUAUCAGUCCACACAAUGGAUGCCAAGGGUUUCCAUGCCUUUUCUCUGUUCUGUGGAACAAGAGGUUAAGUUAUAUGGGAAAAAAAAAAAAAAAAAAGCCACCAAUGUGGCCAGUGGUUGAUCACACACAUAUACCCAGUGAUCUAAAUCUCCCCAGUGUUAAUGGAGGCCCUCCACAGGCCUUGCUACCUGCUGAACAACAGAGAUACUGAGAGUUUGUGGGGAGGGUUGCACAGCAGCACGUGGUCCUUUCACUUUUUGGAGAACUUGGGCAGCCAAGGAGGAUGGGAAUCUCACCCAGUAAAGCAAGAGUCUUGUGGGGAGAGUAUAUUGUCAUCUUCUUGCAAGGGUACAAGCCACCCUGGGCAUCUUUGGUUUGGUUUGCUCUUUCCUUUUUGAAUCUGUCUGGUAGCACACAUGAGAAUGACCAAGGCCCUUCGGGUACCAUAGCUGCCCAUUCUUGCAGCCAAGUUCUCAACAUGGACAGCUUGGUACAACUUGGGACAUGUUCUUCCCUUGGGCAUUCUCACUCCUUGGCAAAAAGCUCCUCUGGGAUGGGCAGGUUUAACAGCUCAUGGUCACUAGAUGAAGGCAAAAAACUGUAUUCUUCCUUCCUUGAGUAUCAUAGCAAGCCAGAAACCAGUGCAAUUUUAAGAUGGGAAAUGCAGUUAUCAGAACAUGUGACAUUUUCAGUGUGACAUUUUCAGUCUUCCAGAUACAGCAGUGGAGAUGGGCCCACUCUGCCUGCUCCUGGGCAGUUUGAGAUGGGGAAGGAUGUUCGCAGAUCUUCAACUUGUGUGUCUGUGUGUGUGUGUGGCUAAAAUCAGCUCAGAAGGUCUCUAUCUCAGCCUCCCUCUUUGUGGCUGCUCAGACACCAGUAAUGUUCUUAUAAAGUUACACAUUUCUUCUCAUUUUCCCCUCUAAAUUACUUGUUUCUCGCUAAUCCGAACACUCAUGAGGAGAAACACAAGAUGCUAGAUACAGCCAGGCAAGCUUGCCUUCAUGAGGCUCAAGGGCAGAAUCUGCUGGGUGUAAGCACAGAGAUGGCUCAUGGACAGUCGCCUUCUGAGCAUCUUCAUUCUUUCCCAUUCUUUGUGGUCGGGACAUUCAAAUGAGUCACACAUACAUAUAGACAUCUGGCCAGCAUCUUAGCUGGUGUGAUUAAGUAUAAUUUCAGCCAAAGUCACUGAUUUUGCCUAGAGACGCUUAGAAGAGGAAAUAUUGGAGUUGCCUGAGAAGGGAAGAGCACAAGAACAUUUAGGUUAGAUGUUCAGAAGAAAAUCUUUAAUCGGAGUGGAGAGGUACUGGUAUAGGGUGCCCAGGGAAGCUGUGGGUGCUCCAUCCCUGGAGGUGCUCAAGGCCAAACUGGAUGGGGCCCUGGGCAGCCUGAGCUGGUGGGGGGCAACCAGUCCACGAUUGAAACUGGAUUGACUUUAAGGUCCAUUUCAACCCAACCAUUCUAUGAUCUAUGAAAUGCCUGAUUCCUACAAGAGAGAGAGACCAGAGUAUUUUGUCACCUGGCUGUUACUGAAAUGGAGCAGAGAUCAGUCAUUGGAGCAGUUUGUAGAAGUCUUUCAGGAUGCAGCAAUGGAAUGUCUUACCAUCUAUCCUGAUCCUUUAGGUAUGGCUGCUGUGGCAUACCAACCAGUGCUUCUGAGAUGCAUCCAGUCACUUCACACUGCAGGCUCUGAGUAUGUAUUAAGGACUAAAUUCUCCAAAAUUCUGAAGGAGGUCAGGGUGAGCCUAGAGAUCUUGACUCUGUGUUCUGUGUCUCACAUCUUCUUUAGGCAACCUCUCAGGUUGAAGCCCAGUGUAGUAACAAACCUCCUCCCCUUGGCAUCUCUGGGUUUUUGAUUUGGACUUGGUAGGGAGCGUGGUGGCUAAGAGGCAAUCCUCUUCAAGGCACUGAAGCACCUCUCAAACAGCUGCAGACCUACAUGAGCCAGUCUUUAAAAGCCAGUAUUUAUUUGUGAUGUUCGGGUUUUUUUUCCUUAUUUUGUAUCAUCAGAAUAACUCAAAACUCCUCACAACCAUUUACCACCAAACGGCAGCUAUUGCAACAUCGGGUUUGCAAAGCAUAACCUUUUUUUUUUUUUCUUUCCCUCAUGCUCUCUUAUUGUUCUUGUUGCUUCUACGAGCAAUAAUAACAAUGCUAGCAGUAGUAUUACAGAGAGGUUAAGUAAUCUUGCAAGAGAAGUCAGCUCUAGUGAAAGUUUGGCAUGGAGAGCUCUGCAGAAAUCUGGGUCAGCCCUGCUCUGCUCGCUGCUCGCCUUUUCCUCGCAGACAUUGGCACAGCCUCAGGAGGGAAUCAAAGGGGCAGAAGUUCUUACCAGAGUGUGUACAGCUGUUAUUCAGCAUCCCGUGUGGCUGAGCUGCCAAUGAGAGAGAAACACAUUGAGUAUGCUGGCUCUGGUUUUCUGCCCUUCCAGAAGUACGUUGUGCUUAAAUCGUGCCAAGUAGAUGCAGUGAUCUCCCUUUUUUUUUUUUUUUCUCACUCAGAGGAAUUACUUGGUAUCAUUUCACUGGUGGGACAAAACAAAAAGGCAUACAAAAUAAAAGCCACCAACAAAACACCAAAAACACUAGUGACUCACUGUUUAUUUGUGUUUCUUACAGAGAACUCAAGAUUAAUAACAUGUUUGGCAAUUGCUUAGCAAAGUUCAGGGAAUUAGCAAAACCCAUAAAGCGAGUUAUAAACAAAUUCAACACCCCUCAUAAACAGAAAUGCAUUCAUCACUAGCUUGUUGAGAAUAAGUGCUUAAAAGCUGAUGUUAAAUGUAGAUAAAAUUUAAAUGCACGAGGAAUGUGCAUGGGAAGAAGUCUUUUCUUGAUCUUUUCAAAUACCAAUCAUACACAAUAGAUUCUUUUCCCUUGGUGCUCAUGUUCAGGAAAAAUAAAGGGAAAAUGCCUAUACCAUAACAGGGGAAUACUUCUGCUUUUAAAGAUAUGGUAGAAUGUAAUGUUAAAGUCUGUUCCUGUCCUUCUUGUGCUGAUUGCAGACUGCACUGUUGGCUGAGCGUAUAGGCUGUGCUGUAUUAGCCAGUGAUCCAAGGACAUUCUCUACUUUCUCUUUGAGAGGAAAAGAUUAGACCCACGUUGCUUUGAAACAGAGAAGAAACCAAAAUUUGCUGUUUUCACUUGUCCUGGAAGGGCAGAGAGCCAAAAUGUUUAGGUAUGGAAUGUGGUCACCUUCACUUUUCUCCAUCACCAGAAGAUGCAGGCAUUGCAAGGACAGGGCUGAGAGCUGUCCCUGUUCUUUACAGGGGAGCUGGACUUAGAUGGCCAAUAAGGGUCCCUUCCAACUCAACUGAUUCUAUGGUUCUAUGAUUCCAUGUCAUUUUAUCCCCAUGCAAAGGUCCGUUCCUCUACAGGGUGACAGUUCCCAUUCUGUCUGAUUUACACAUGGGCAGAGAGACAUCCUCAAGCUCACUUCUAAAGGAGGCAAAGGCUUGAUGUACCUCACUGCCUCUAUUUCAGCACCUUUCCUUCCUCCAUGGCAUCAGCUUUAUGUCCUUUUCUUGCCUUCCUGUAAAUCAGCUGUCAAUACGCAGGACUGGUUGCCACUGAGAUGCUGGAGUUGGGCAGGAAUCUCCCUCUCUGGCAGGUUCUUGUGGUACCCAGCCCUGCACCUCAUCUGUCCCACCCAUAGCAGCUGAGUCUGCUAAUAAUCCUGAGUCCAUUCUACUUGAUCUACCUCCUUUCUGAAUAGACAUAGAAAUGUUAACGUUUCUUGGACUCGUGUUUCUUAAGGAUGAUUUUUGGCAGUUCCUCAUCAUUUCUGCUUCGCCUGCAUUUGUGCAGACAAUUGUUUUUACACCUUCUUUUAACUGCUUUUUCUUAGUUCAGAUGAGAUCAUGUCUUGUCCCCUUCCUCACCAUCCCUCAACUCUGCUGCAUCUUGUCUGAUGCAUAUUAGAGCCAAAUCAGUUGACAAAGUUAUCCCAAAAAUUGAACUGCUCAGCCAGGAACUGGCUUCCUUUAUUUGUUUAUAGGCAAUUGGCUGAAAGCUGCAGAACAUCCACAGAGCUGGUAAGAAUUUUCUGUUUUUAAAGACUGAAAAUACACCAAGCAUGAAGAUCUUGUUUUUAUUCCUUUUAUUGUUUGGAUGGAUUCAAUGACUGCCUUAAAAGUUUUUAGACUUCUGAGUCCAGUCUUUCAAAAAGUUAAGGCACCUCAGUGGGUUUUGUUUUCUUGUUUUUCUACUGUUUUUCUAAUUUUUUUCUGCAUAACUUCCACCUAGAAUUCAUUGAAAGCUGCAAGUGGGAUUACGGAUAACAAGGACGUCCUCAACUCAUCUGUAUCUCUCACUCUCUUCAGUGUUUCUUUCACUUGAGAUAGGACUGCAUGAAAUAAGAGAAAGCACUUUAAGAGUUGACCUUCAAGGGAGAGGUUGCAUGAACCUGUGAAGUCCUUUCAUGUGCAGUGUUGCUUUUUAUACGACUGUGCAUUUCUCUGCCUAUUGUUGCCCAUGAGUUUGCCAAAGCCCAUCUGUGCCUUCCCAUAGAAAGUUAUGCAGCAGUAUCAUGGUUCACAUCCUCUCUUUCGGGCUUUAAUCUGAAUUUUGUGACAUUAUGGCUGUAAGAGGAAGCAAAAGGAAAAUGAUCUGGGGCAACAUUUUCCAGCCUUUGAGGUUAAGGAUUUGGUGUGUGCCUCCGCGGCCAUGUAGCCUUUGUCACAAAUCAGCAUUGCUCUGGUGGCUGCAAAUUGUAAACCAUUCAGCAUGUAAGGAAGAUUUACUUUAAGGCCAUGGGCAGAUUAAGGAAGGUCUUCACCGUGCCACUUUCCCACUAAGAUCACGUGCUGGGGAAGAAAUCGUGUUGCACUCUCGGGCAAGUCUAGGGAAAUUGAUGUAUUUAUUUAUUUUUAAUAUAAUGGAACACGUUUUCUCUUUGAUUUUUUUCUUUUUUUUUUUUUUUUACUUCUAUUGCUGACAGGUUGCCACAUUCUGCAGCAUAAAUAUAUGGACAUAUAUGAUAUUCCUGGCAAGCUACAGAGGUGUUCAGGCAUCCAGUGUGACUGUCCAGACAGAGUAGAUUUUAUAUCCCAUUCCUCUAGAGUAUCUUGAAAUGAGAAAAAAUAUUAAACUGUAAAGGAAAUGGGUUUGCGAAAGACCCUAUAAAUAAAUUUCCAUCGUGAUCAGCCAGGGAUGUCUAAAUUUGCCUCAAAACAUAAUGUUUCAUAAAUGGUGUGAGUAAAAUGAGGGGGAUGUCCAUCUCUGUGGAUGUCCAUUGGAAGACAGCUCUCCUAUUUUUGCCUACAGAGGAGAAAGGUUGAGCCUAUUGGACAGCAAAUACUGUUGGCCCAAAGGAAAUGUAUUGUUUUGAGGCAGCAGUUCCAUUUGUAUAAAAGUUAUUAGGCUCACCCUGUUCCACUCAAACUAUUUUUAUGGCCUCUCACAAAAUCAGAACUUAAGCUUAAGUCAUAUCUAAGGGUGGGAGAGCAAAAGAAAGCAGAGGUGGGUUGUUGCAAAGACAGAUGAUUAACUAAAGGAUACUAAAAUAUUGGUGGUUUUUCCAAUAAUGACAUGUUGCCUGGAAAGUCUGAGCCAGAAAUCUGGUCUCCCUGAUGUUUUCUCAUUUUCUUUGGGGUGCACGGAGGUGCAUGGACACACAGCUGUGAACCCACCUGGUCAUGUAAAAGCUCAGAGACAUCAGGACCAACUGAAUGAAGAACAGUGACCUUGCCCUGAAAGUCUUACCAGAAGUGUUGUAAAUGAGCUUCGUUUAGUGGUUAGCCCUAAGUUUAUUUGGUGUCUGUAUACGAAGGCUGAUAGUAAGCGGAGGAUCUCCAAAUCCUAGUACUUUUUAUUCAGUGCUCGUUGAUGUCUUCACUGACUACUCCUUGAUUUGUAAGUGCUUCUGAAGAUGUUAGAGCAGAGAUCUACUGAAAGUCCAACAGUUGAAGCUGAAACUGAGACUUGGUCUUCUCUCACUGCUAGCAGUCCCCUACUUCACCUGUAGCGUUAGGUGGUGGUGGUCCAGAGCAACAGGGGAGAUAGAACAAGCAGCUUUCCUGGAUCUUGACACUGCUUCUUCCUAGUGGGUAGAAAAGCCCAAAAAAAGGACAAUCUGCUGAUGAUCUCUGCUGAGUGGACACCUCUUCUCUUCUACCCUCAGAUUUUAGGGGUGUGGUUUAUUGGGCAUGGCGGGGAUGGGCUGGUGGUUGGUUUAGAUGAUCUUAGAGGUCUUUUCCAACCUUAAUGAUCCCAUGAUUCUAUGAUUCUAAAUUCAGGUUGGCUGGAGUUUUUCUCUACAUUUACUUUCAUUUCUUUCCAACCUGGCCCUAGAAAAAGAAACACCUAAAACUUAUUUAAAGAACUCCUUUAAGCAUUUCUUUUUUUCCAUUUUUCCUGGAUGCAGAGCCAGGCUUUUUAAUGGCUCAAAGCCAAUUUCAACUCUCAGAAUCAAAACCAAUCUGAAACAUCGGGAUGGGAACAUAAUUUGUUCAGAUCAGCUGCACCACACCCUCAUCACAUCAUAUCCAUUGCAUUGGGUGCAGAGCAUUGGCACCCUGACAGAGCUGAAACAUUGGUGUGACAAUCUAGUCUUUUAUUUUUGGUGCAAUUUUAAGAGAAGUGAACCAAGAGUAAGAACUGGACUAGCUUCCUUUAAGUUUGAGAAUGAUUAUAAACAAGAAAAAAGUCAUAAGAAGUCAUUUUUUAUUUAUCUCAUCAUGUUCUGUUGAAUGCUCUGAUGGUUACCAUGGAGUAUCUGAUGUUCUGGCUUCUCCUUGGCAGGAGGAGUCCUCUGUGGUGGAGAGAACAGAUAAAACGAGUGGACAGAGCAAUGUGAAGCCAAUUCCUAGGGCAGGACAGUCAGGAACAGAUCCGAUGUUGAUUUUAUAUUCACUGGCAGAAGGCAGGAGCUGCUCCUCUGAAGUUAAUUGAGUUAACUUGGUCGUAUGCCAAGGCAAAACAGAUCUGAAUCUGGACCACAGUUCAGGACUCAUUUACAAUUUGCAUAAUGGGAUUAAAAUAAAGCUUCCAUCUCUAACUACAGAAGUAGUCUGCUGAGAAUUGGACACCCAGCUUGCUGUUUGGGAUUAAAUGACACCCAAGUCAUCAGCCAUCACAUGAAAUGAUUGUGUUUUAUCUGUGCCUGCCCAGAUUACUCUGUUCUCCCCAGUGCGGUCACUUAGCCAUACUCAGCUGUUUCAGCUGGUAGGGAUUUUUCUUAGUCCCUUCUUUUUUCUUUUUUCUUUUUUUUUUCUAUCUUACUUGCACGUGAACUUCAAGUUUUCAUGCCAGCUUUCAGGUUUCAGCUAGCCCCACGGUUUCAAAGUUCAAGAUAAUGUCAAUAUGUUGCCAGGAUUUGAGAGGCAAUUGGGAAAAAGAAUGUGAGAAGCUAAUGGAAGUCACAGGGGAGCAUUAAAAGGACUAUCAAGUAAGGUUCAGUUAAACCUUUCCCACGGACCAGAGAAAGGUUUGCCGACCUCGGCAUAGAAUUUCAGCCUCCAACUGAACUUGAUCGUGUUUUGCUCAUUGAAGAACUUGAGCCAUUCAGUAUGGCCUGCAAAGCUCACCCACCGUAUUUCCACUGUCAAGGGGCUUGGGUUUAGAUCUGACACUGUUGUUAAAUAUUGCCAUUUAUGAUUAUUUUAAUGUUAAUGCUCUGGUCUGCCCAUGUGGUUUUUGUGUCUUUCUCUAGGUUGGUCCAUUAGUGUUGCUUUAGGGGGCACUUCAGAACUGUUUCUUGAGUUGCCUUUGCAUCUCUGGUCUGUACCCAACCAGGACUGUCACCAGGUUGAAUGCACCAGUACUGACGGGUAGCAGUGUUGCUUUGAAAGGGAACCAAAGGCAGUAUUUGCAAGAGCACAACAAAUUUUGUCCUAAUUUGGAAUGGAUUUGCUAGAUUCCUGAGAGGCAGGGCUGGACUGGAGAUCACCUCAGUGUGACACGCUGCACAGGGGCCAGGAACAAAAGAAAAAGGGAAGGAAGAGCUGAACCAGAUGAGCAUCAGUAAUUAAGGAGUCCUAUAAGUUUGUCUUCUUUUCAGGCAGGUCCCCCUAUCCAGCAUAGAUUGAACAGAGCUGGACACUGCUGCAUGGUUAGACUCCCUCCUAAGCAGAAAGUGUAAAGAACAAAUGGGGGAUUCAACAAAUCCUGUGCAAAUUUCUCUUCCUGAUUCUCACUGGGUCUUUUUCCUUCUUUUAUUCUUUGGGGGGAAAAAAAAAACAACCAUUAGGGCAAUCUUAGCACAAGAACCUGGUUGUCAAACCCAUUUCUCCAGGGUCCCACAGAGAAGCCUCUCUCUUUGACCUUAGGAAUUGUGAUUUUUUUUUUGCAUAUGAACUAAAGAAUGUGAUGGUAUUUGAUUAUAUUCCUCGCUCUGGGCAAACAGCGUGGUGGGUAACAAGACCAGAUGUGCCAUAUCUGCAUAUUCCAUAUGCAAUAUGGAAUGAAACCCUGACACCAUGAAAACCAAUUCCAAGACUUCUAUUGAUUUCCAUGGAGUGGGAUUUACCCUUCAAUUCACAGGAGGAAAAAGACAUUCAGAUAAAUGACCUCACCCUUCUCCUGCCCCCAAGACUUUGCCUACCACACAUAAUUCAGGGUGGCUUUUUGCUUUAAAUCAGUAGCACUACCAAACGAGAAAGCAGAGAUCAAGGGGGAGAUGGUGGCCUGAAUAGCAGUUGCCUCUCUCAAAAUGCUUGACAAAAGCCAACAUUAGAUUUUGUAACGGGGGUGGCUUCUACAUGUGGGGACAUGGUAUUUUGAUGGAAAAAGGCAUAGGAUUAAAAUGUUUGAAAUGGAUGGAAUGAGUGUGCACUGGGUUUCCAAAUGCUUGUGUCUGUGUCCUCUGAAGAAGAGAUACAAUGGCCAUGUGAGAGAGCACUUAAAACAAGUUUAACGAAGAAUGUUCUCCGAGCAGAGUAGAUCUGAGGUACCUAAAACAGAAGGCAAAACAAUGACUUCACCAGGGAAACAGCAUCCACUUAAAACAGAGCACUACAACAGGCAUGAGCCCUUCUAAAUAUAGAGCUGGAUGUUUCCUGCCAGGCUGAGCUUUUACCUUUUUAUUUUUUCUCUGUCUAAAUUAGUCACUCUUCCUCCAGGGCUUCAGGGAAGGAUGAGCAAGAAGAUAUUUGCUGAUAGAGGUGAAAUAUUUUGACAGGUUGGGUUUAAGUAGAAUUGGUGGAAGAAGGUCAGCUGCAUCCAAGCACCCUCACCCACCCCCAUGUCCAAAAACAUGAUGUCAAACUCUUGACAUUUGCAUGAGCUGAGGCAUGCAAGAAGAGACAGAUCUUCUGCUAAAACUCCUUGCUUCUCAGCAAAUUCAGGGUGAACAAACCAUGGUAGUCACUAGAGGUGAUGGGAUGUGGGCAUUAGAAAAAGGACUUGGCCAUUCCCAGUGGUCUGCCAGGCUCUUUCCAGUGGGAUAUUGGCUCCUUUUCUUCCUAUGAUGAGCAGGAGGGAGAAGAGCUGGGUUGUGUUCUUCCCCCUCCUACCCCAGUGAUUUCACUGAAGUGGAUGUAAGACUUUGUUUCACUUCAGAGGAGGGACAAGACUGAAAAACUUAUGGGCAAAACUGUGAUUUCUUUGUAUGUGUUACGAGGACAUUGCCUUGUGUGUGUUGUCAGGCAGACAUUUGGUUUACAUUCCUCCACUUCUGCUUUCUGUAUGGACCAAAGUAAUGAGAGGAAAAUGACAAACCACGGAUGUAUGUAAAAAGGGAAUUAAAAUAAAAAGAAGCCUUUAUUGAUUCUCAU